AUGCCUCGCAUGCAGAUCUUGACAGAGGAAUCAUGUUCGAUGAUGUCGAUCACAUGUCUUGCAGCAAAGUUUCUCUGCACUGCCAACGAGCGGAAACCUCCUCUUAUUGUGGACGUAAGGCCGCACAAAGAGUUUCACAAGGGGAACGUGUGCGGUGCUUUCUGUGUCUCCAUCGUGAACCGUGGGAACAGGAGGGUGCUGGAAGAUUCCAGUCUCCGCCAUGACUCAAACGACCACAAGGAUCUUAAGAGGAAGCGAGAGCGAAUCCUUGGGGUUCGAGGGUUAUGGCAGCCGUCGUUGUGGAUGGGGAGGGAACUUGUCCUCUACGGCUCAGCAGCUCUCACACCUGAGCAUGAGGUUGUUAGAUUCCUUCAGAGCGAUGAGUUUACCCUUCCGCGCCUCAUCCGACUUCUUGAUGUUCCUUUCGAUACCGUCCUGGAAAAGUACCCAGGACUUUGUACAACCUUUGGGAAACCACGAGAGCCAAGAAGGUAUCCUGCUGAGGUGAUACCAGGAGAACUGUACCUGGGGGACUGGGAUCAUGCAAAGGACGAGACCAGCCUGGACCAUCUCAAUGUUCGCUCAGUCAUUACAAUCCAUCAACGGCCCAAAGACAUCUCCUUCGGAAGCAAACGGCAGCAUCUGCGGUUGCAGCAGGAUGAUGUGGACACGGACGGGAUCCUGCAGCACAUCGACGCUUCUAAUAAUUUCAUCGAACGAGCCAUCUCGAAGAAGCAUGCGACACUCGUGCAUUGUGGAGCAGGAAUCUCGAGGAGCGCGUCGCUUUGUGUCGCCUACCUCAUCCAUCGCUUCAAGUGGCCUGCCUCUCGCGCGGUCGCGCAUGUGGUGAGGUGCAGGAAGGUCGCUCGUCCCAACGAAGGGUUUAUGAAGGCCCUGCACGACUACCAGAAGAAGCUUGGCAUCGCCGACGACAAGACUGCGGAUGAAGGAAAGGAAAAAGAGAAUCCAGUGAUUGUCGACGAGCAGAAAGACAAGAAUGGGGACCAACAUGUUGUAGAGGAAGCAGCAGAUCCCGUCCCUUGCUUCGUCACUGUAUACAAGGACGAAACAGUUGUAGAUCGUGUUGAGCUGCCAGGAAACUCAAAAUUGACCCUGGGUCGAAGCCUUGAAACGGAUAUCGUGAUGGAGCAUCCAUCGGUCAGCAGACAGCAUGCAAUCUUACAGUCCGAGGGACAGAAAGUCUACAUCCUCGACUUGGGAUCGGCGCACGGCACCAAGGUCAACAGCAGAAACAUCGAGCCCGAGCGGAAGGUGGAAGUGAAGGAUGGAGAUGUGCUGGAGUUCGGUGCGAGCACGAGGAAGUAUGUCAUCUCUCGAGGGCAGAAGGAGAGCGUCGGGAUGAAGCGAAGCUCGGAGACACAGAAAUGUCCCCCGAAUAAGAGGCAGAAGGAAAUGGUGGGAGCAUACCAUAUCCUUAUAAAGCACAAAGGUGAAUUUGGAGGCGUUGAGAAGACGGAGCAAGAGUGCUGA